AUCAUCGUCCACGCCUCAGACUAUAACCAUGGCCAACGCGUCCUCGAAGAAGAUCGCAGCUAACAACGCUAAGAUCCUAGCUAACCUUCGCAUUGGUUUCUUAGUUGUUAAUGGUUUUUAUGUUUUGUGGAGAGGCAUAAUGUUCUGGAAAACUUUCACAUUUUCCACUCUGUUGGCGUACAGUAUCACAAGUGGCAUCACUUUUUACUUUUAUAAUGUUCUCAAGAACGCUGGCACACCAAACUACAAAGCAGAUGGAAGUAUUGCUAGCGGUGGUGACGAUCUUAACGCAGAAGGGUUGACAGCUUACAUGUUUGAUAUCAUUUAUAUCACAUGGUUUGUACAUAUCACCACGGCGGUAAUCUCCUCCAAAUUCUGGUAUACCUACAUUGUGAUUCCUGUUUACGCUGGCUUCAAAUUAUGGCCAUUCAUUGCACCAUACCUCAAGAGCAGCGGUUCUACUGAGGAAAGCAAUGAACCUACUGGCCCAGCAAAAUCAAAGCGUCAAGCCAAGCUUGAAGAAAGAGCAAAAAAGGGACAAAACGUUAAAUACAAACGAUAAAAUAAAAUUUGCAAGUUGCAAAAUACAGUUUUAAUUUUAUUGAUUGAGUACGUGCAAUUAUGCUCAGUUUUGUG